UAUUGUUCAGUACUCACAAAGAAAUACAGACAGACAGUCCCCAAGUUAGAAUACAGACACAAAGUGAAGACAUGCAACACGUUGAGGCAUCGGUAGCAGAAGAUUUCGCGCGCAUACGUGAAACACAAAUCGAUAAUGUUAUACGACUGCUGGAAUCCUCUAUUGGGCGGAUCAAAAUAUCGAUCAUAUUGCCCCGAUUGGCCAGUGAUUUGGAUAAUGUGGAACCUGUGCUGCGUAACACCGCUUACGAGCCGGCCAUAAAUCUGUUAAGGAGACUGAAGGGUUUAGAUGCCGUCAAUACACAGAUGUUUAAUUUCGAAGUCCUCCAAACGAUUGACUAUUUUCAAUCGAACUAUAAGAUGUACGAAAUGUUUCCAAGGUAUCUCAAUAAUGUAUCUGCCUACGAUAAAACACUGUUAAUUGCCUUUGAAACGAUCCUGGACGUGGCCAAGCGUCAUCUGUGGCGCACAUCCAAGGCUGAGAUAAACAUGGAGCGUCAGCUGCGUAUCAUGUACCAGGAGAGAGAAGAGACAAGGGAGCGCAUUGAGUAUUACAAAAAGAAGUUAAGAUCAAAGACUGCGCUUUUGCGCUGGAGACGGGCCGCCCAAUUCCUGAUAGUAGAAAAACAAGAGGCUGAUCUGGCCAGCAGAAAGUGGAAGAACAAUGUGCGCAUCCAGAACGAAAUUGAGAAACAUAGUCAAACUCUAAGCGAGAAUCACAAGGCGAGCAUGCAAAAGCAAAUUGAAUUGGAGGAGGAAUUGGAAAAAGCGCGAGCCGAAUACGAAAAGGUGAUCACAAAUAAUGCGGAAAGGGAAAAGGAUUUGCGCGCUGAAAAAAACAAACUGUUGAUUCAGCUUGAGAAUGCUCUACACAGGUACGACUCGAAUGUUGGCGAAAAAUUGCGAGAGAAUCUUGAAUUGGAGGAUAUGUAUAAUGCGGCAAAAAAAGAAUUGGAUGAUUUCAUGGUACACUAUCGCAAAGAAGAGGCCAUCUACAAUAGGAUUGUCGUCCAAUAUGAACUGGAGGAACAGCGCAAGCAGCAACAGAGAAUUAUGAUCUUCAUGAUGAAUCGGGCUGCUCGCAAGAUACAAGCAUAUUGGCAAGAAUGGCGCCGAGCUAAGCUGAAGAAAGCUCGGAAAGCCGCCAAAAAAGGGAAAAAGAAGUGAACGGAGCAUGUAAAUGAUAUUUUUCUUCAUCUAUGUAAGGUUAACAUUAACACUAACAACAUUAACAUAACAUUAACAAUAAACAUAAAAAAGGCUCGAUAUUUGUAGACGAAAUAUCUGAAACUAA